AGAGAAGAAUAACACCUCUGUUGGGUUUGAAGUAAGUUGAAGAUUAACUCAUAAAGAUUGAAUCUUUCUUCAUCAAUCUCCAAAUUAAGAUGUUUGUUUUUCUUUCCAGAGCUUGAAGGUAGACAUGAUUAUCACCGACUAUUGCAUGCCCGGAAUGACCGGCUACGAACUGCUCAAGAAAAUCAAGGGAUCUUCAACUUUUAGAGAAAUCCCAGUUGUGAUAAUGUCGUCGGAGAAUAUAAUAGGUCGAAUCGACAGGUGUUUGGAAGAAGGGGCGGAGGAAUUUAUUGUAAAACCGGUGAAACUCUCGGACGUGAAGAGGUUGAAAGAUUAUAUGUUUGGAGAAGAGUUUAUUAGUAAGGGGGACAAGAGGAAAACGACGUCGUCAAUGGAGGUUCCGUUAAUCACGGAGUCACGGUCGUCGUCGGAGAAUUCGUCGGCUUCCGGUGUCGGCGUCGUUAUCUCUGUAGUCUUGUGGGCCAUUAUCGUUGCUGUCUUUGUUAGAUUCUCAUACGAUGCUAUUGAAAAUGACUAAUAUUUAUUAUAUUCCAAUUUAAUAACUGUAGCCUUUUUUUUAUUUCUUUUUUUAAUAUAAAUGCACGACAAUAUAAAAAAAUUAUCAAAAACAUUGUC